UAAACCCCAUCACUCCUUUCUCUCUCUCUCCCUCUCUCUCCCUCUCGUGUGCUUUUUUUUCUAAAGGUAGUUGCUAGAGGCAGGCGAAUAAUAAAUGCCAUUAAGCAUAGAAGGGAAGGAUGCUCGGCUUUUGGGCCUAUCGCCUUUGCGAGUGAUCUAAUCGGCGGCUGCUUCGUAGAUCAUGUGGAGUUGCUACAAAGGUGGGUAGGUUUUCCUUUGGUAUCAGUGUCUUGCAUACUGUAGUCAUUACCAUCGCUUUCUGGUUGUCUAUCUGAGAGAAACUUGGCAGAUUUUUAUGAAGAUUAGGUACCUCACUGCCACUGACUGCCAUGAUUCAUAAGCAAGUUGUUGAAGAUGGUAAAGGUUAAAAUUAACGAAGGGGGGAUGAUUUUAAUGGCCAAGAAGGAAGAAACAAGCUGGACAAAGAGAUAAAAGAAGGAGAAAUACAAUGAAUAAACAAAGAGGGGAGAGACUAGUGUGCGCGUGGAAGCAGACCAUGGUGUCUCCACCAGACCAGAGGCUCCACCGCCACUGCAAGCACCACUGCUUAGGGUUCUUCACAUCUUCAUUGCAGAUACAGUCGCACACAGAUCCCAGUCAUCGAUGACAGCUGAAUGAAAUUUAUUGGAUUUGACAUGCAACAAAGGGAGUCUAUGCCACGCUAUAUACAGACUAGAGUACCACUGCAACCCAACUUUCAAUCCUAGGCUUCAACCUGCUUCCUACCCAAGUCCCAUCCACAGAAAUAAUUGAAGAGAAAAAGCGAGGGUGGGAGCUAGAGAAGCAGCGUGAGCGUUAGCAGACACCACAAACGCCACCACCUUCACCAAUCAUCAUCAUCAUUUAUUAGGAAGAACAACAGCCCCUGGUGAAGAACAGUAGUACCCUCGGUGGGAGAAAGGAAUAGUCUUUGAGAAAAUAAAGGUCCAUACUCCAUAGUUUUAGGUUUCGAUUUACUGUAAAAUGGAUCAUCAUUUCCAUAGCAGCAUGUUUCCAACCGCUGCAAAUUCAUUGUUCGGCAGCAGAAACAGCACGGGAUGCCAACAUGGAUCGUCAGAGGGGCCGGGCACAAGUACCAUGAUGGCUCUUAUAAAAGAAGAGCAGCACCGGCACCAGCACCAGCACCAGCAGGGGGGCAUCCAUGCUCCCGCUGUUCCCUUGUUCCAUCCCCACGCUACCACCUUCAGUAACUACUAUCCUGGAAGUCAACAAGAGAUGGCGAGAAGGCAGGAAGGAGAUCAUGAACGUCAUGAAAGAUCUGGGGACCUUCGUCAAGGAACGAGCAACGGUAGAGAUAUAGAAGCCAUCAAGGCGAAAAUCAUUGCACAUCCUCAAUACUCUAGCUUGUUGGAAGCCUACAUGGAUUGCCAGAAGAUUGGUGCUCCGCCGGAAGUUGUCGACAGACUAAGUGCCAUCAGCCAAGAAUUUGAGCAAAGGCACCGGUCAUCAAUUAGAGAAGCCAUCUCUGGAAGUGAUCCAGAGCUCGAUCAAUUCAUGGAUGCCUACUAUGACGUCCUUGUGAAAUACCGGGAAGAACUGAGUAGGCCGCUGCAGGAAGCGAUGCAGUUUGUGAGGAGCGUAGAGUCGCAGCUCAGUUCAUUAAGUGAUGGAUCAGUGCAAGUUUUCUCUUUAGAUGACAAAGUUGAGGGAGCUGGAUCAUCAGAAGAAGAUCAAGGUGGUAGUGGAGGAGAAACCGAACUUCAUGAAGUUGAUCCUCGGGCAGAGGAAAGUGAACUCAAGCAACGAUUAUUGAGGAAGUAUAGUGGAUAUUUGGGAAGCCUCAAACAGGAGCUCUCCAAGAAGAAGAAGAAAGGGAAACUCCCCAAAGAAGCAAGGCAGAAACUCUUGAACUGGUGGGAAGUGCAUUACAAAUGGCCAUAUCCAUCGGAGUCGGAAAAGGUGGCAUUAGCUGAAUCCACAGGGCUAGACCAGAAGCAGAUCAAUAACUGGUUCAUAAAUCAGCGGAAACGGCACUGGAAACCCUCAGAUGACAUGCAGUUUGUAGUGAUGGAUGGUCAUCAUCCCCACAGUACAGCCUUCUACUUUGACAAUCACUUUAUGGGUGAUCCUCCAUUUCGCUUUGGUCCUUAAACUACGAGCUCGCUGCAUUGACAAAGUCUCCGGCGAAGAAUAACACUCAAGAAGCGAAGUAGCUAGAAUCAUUAUCUUGAUAGCUUGGCAGAUGUAACUUAUUAUGAACACACCUACCGUGAUUCACUUCUGUCUAGCUCUAUAUAUGUUAUCCUUCGCGCUCUCUGGCCUUGCAUCUGCUGAUGAAUCGAGUAAGUGAAUUUUGAUCUGCUUGAGUUACAUGCUGUCAUUCCUAGGUCUUUUGUAUACACCCAGCAGAGAUCUCUUGCCCCGCAGAACUCCAUGCCCUGGGUCUGGCAAUGUUUGCCUUGAAGUGCUUCUCCGUGCUUUGUGCUCUUUGCUGAGACAGAUGCAUCAUCGAUCAAUCGUCUGCAUUUAAUUUCGUAGGGGCUUGCUAAAGCCGUAGUUCAGUACUGUAUCUAUUUGGGUGCCUACACUGAGUUAGAUAUAUCAUUGUAGAAUCUUUCAAUUUGGACUGAGUUCUGGAAAUGUCAAUGGUCUGAAGCACUUUGUUAUGUCCUAAGAUUGAAUUUUGCGUUGAACACAA